AUUAACUUCAGAGUUAUUAUCAUAUAAUAUCAAUUAGUAAAAAUGGCUCACGAAUCUGUUUGGUUUUCCCACCCAAGAAACUUCGGUAAAGGUUCUAGACAAUGUAGAGUCUGUUCCUCCCACUCUGGUUUGAUCAGAAAAUACGGUUUAAACAUCUGCAGACAAUGUUUCAGAGAAAAGGCUACUGACAUUGGUUUCAACAAGUUCCGUUAAGUUAUUUUACUAAAAGUAUUGCAUUAAAAGAUUCUUUUAAGUAACUUUUUAUUUAAAAUGGCUUACUGUGUAUAAUUAAUUUAAUGGUCUUAUAUACCUAUAGGCUUAACCUUUAGUAUAUCAAAUAUAAAUUUUCAGUAUAGUAAGCGAAGAAAUGGACGUAUCUGAUUCACUAGUUCAAGGGGUUGUUUCCCAAGAUCUAGUUACGUCGUCAAUAAUGACUUUGGGACCAUACCCAAUAAAGCAUGCUCCGUGGUGAUAAGAUUAUGUCUAAACAUAAGUCCAGCACUUCAAAGGGGCCCAAGAGUACUACAGUGAACAAUUACAUUCGACAUACAAUAGAGAAAAGAGUAUAUGUCCCAUUAAUCGACAUUCCAAAUCCAUCGCCUCACUAAAGAGACCCAACGGAUAACGAACUUCCAUAUGGGAUUCAUUCAUCUCGGGAAAGAAAAUUAUAAUUAUAAUAUGGCAACGGUGGUAACUUGACAAUUUGCAUUAACCCGUCGUGGCAAAAUAUUCCCUGGCUUUUUGAU